UACAUUCCUCCAACUGCGCGGAGACGCUGCUGCCAAACCCCAAAUGUAGCGAGCGCGUUGGAAAAAAAAAAAGGGGAGGUUGUAACAAAUCACAUCCACUCGUGAUUCCAGAAACUAUGAGUGACGGUGCCGCGGUGUGUCCAGCUGCUGCGUGGCUCAGGCAGACGGGAAGUUGUGGACCAGCAACUUUUACAGACUUUUAAGUCCACCAGCAGCGAAGUGACCCGCAGUCCGAGCUGAGACUUGUUUCACUCGUGGAUUGUGCGCGUGCAGAUAUUUGACAUAUUGACACAUUUGGUGUGUAUGUGCCGUCGGGGUCGUGUUGAAGCCACAUGAAGGGAAAAAUGGCAUUUCUCUAAAGAAGAGCUCUCUUGUGUUUUUUUGUGGUUGACACCGGAGAAUAAAUGAAAUGGAGUUUCCAGGGAAUAACUGACUGCACAACGACAGAAUGCGGAAGAGGGACCUGCAGAAUAUGUGCAGAAAGGCGCUGCUGCUGACCAUCUGUAUGAUGUCUCUCUGGGGACAACUGACCAGUGCAUCAUCGCACAGAAGCCACAUAGUUCAUGUGAAAGCGGGAACCUGCGAGGUAAUUGCAGCGCACCGAUGCUGCAACAAGAACAAGAUUGAAGAGCGAUCUCAGACUGUCAAAUGCUCCUGCUUCCCUGGACAGGUGGCGGGAACAACAAGAGCGGCUCCGUCUUGUGUAGACGCAUCCAUAGUUGCACAGAAGUGGUGGUGCCAGAUGCAUCCCUGUAUGGACGGGGAAGAGUGUAAAGUGCUGCCAGAUCUCAAAGGAUGGAGCUGCAGUACAGGGAACAAAGUUAAGACAACCAAGGUCACACGAUAGUCUUCUUUUUCCCAGGAUUUACCCAGUUUGGAACAAGGCAUGACAUCUUUGACUGACACCAUUGGACAAUUGGAUAUCAUGUCUUUUGAGAAUUUGGUGGAAACCAGGGACCAACAAAGACUUUAAUCAUGGACAUGAGGGAGCAUCAUAUAAGACUACACAUCCUAAAUGAUUCUGUACUGUAGAUGCAGCAUCAACAGUAGCAGCCUCUGAUCUCUACUGCCCACCAAAUCUCUCUUUGUAUUAUAGUUUUGUUCUCAUGGACAAGAAGACUUUAUCAUAAAGAUAAUUAUUGGAAUACAAGACUGUGGUUUAUUUUAGAAAAAAAAAUCAUCCUAAAAAGUGGUGUGAUGUGAAAACUUUUGUGUUAUUUUUCCUGCCACAAAGAACCCCAGGACUCUUGAUGCAUAUCUGUGUUGAACAUCUAGUGAAAACAAAAGCAUUUUCAUUCCUUUAAGCCUUACAGAGCAGAUAUAUCUUCUGUUUCUUUUGUUGUUGAUUUGAAACCAUCAAGUGUUUGGCUUUCCUAGAUUUGUUAGGAUGCCAGGUCUUUUUUUCAAAGACAAAAGACAACAAUACAACCACACAACCCAGAAAAUAACAUACCUUUGUUUGACUACAAGUCACUGACAGUCAAUGCAGCUGAGUUCUGCCAAAAUGUUUUAAUAGUAUUUGUUGUUUUUGAUGCCUGGUGAUAACCAUUGAUUACAAAUGUCAUAAAUAUCUCAAUAAAUCUAACUCAAUGGAUA